AUGACAACAAUAUUUACAUUACUCAAUUUGUGUCCAUUCAGAAAAACACACACGCUACAAACAAAAGAUGAAACAACUACUAUAUCUGAAAACGAAACACAACUGUUUGAAGAUAUUCCAGGACCUAAAGGAUUACCGAUCGUGGGAACUUUGUUUGAUUACUUUAAAAAAGAUGGACCUAGAUUUAAUAAAAUGUUUAAAGCCUACCAACAAAGAGCUUUCGAAUAUGGACCAAUAUACAAGGAGCAAAUAGGAGCAAUAUCAACCGUAGUAAUCAGUGACCCUCUUGAGUACAACAAGGUUAUUCGUUCAGAGGGGAAAUAUCCAAACAGAAGAGAAAUGGAACCGAUGGCUCAUUAUCGAAGGAAAAAGAAAAUAGGAUUAGGGCUAGUUAAUGCACAGGGAGAAGAAUGGCACAAACACAGAACUGUGGUCAGUAAGAAAAUGUUGAAAAUGAAAGAGGUGAUGGCAUAUUGUGAGGGAUUGGACAUAGUAGCAGAAGACUUUAUCAAACAUCUUAUGACCAGGCUUGAUGACGAAUGCGAGAUACAGGGACUAGAGACGGAUUUAUUCAAGUGGUCCAUGGAAUCAAUAGGUAUUUUUUUGUUUGACGAAAGAAUAGGAUGCCUUGGAGAUAGCACACCAGAACAAGCCCAAGACUUUAUCAUAAAUCUACAUGGUUUCUUUAAAUUGAUGCAGCCUUUGAUGUACAAUCUGCCAAUCUAUAAAUUAUACCCAACUAAAACAUGGAAACAGUAUGAACAAUAUACAGACAAUAUCCUGAAAAUAGGACGAUCUUACGUAGAUAAGAAAGCUGCGCAGCUUCAGUCUCAAGAGAACCAGAGCGAUGACCACGUACCAUUUCUGACAUAUUUACUGUCGAAUCAGUCACUCACCCCAGACGAAGCUUUAUCAACAGCAACCGAUCUUCUCGUCAGCGCAACAGAAACGACAACGACCAGUUCUUUGUGGAUACUAUACAGCUUAGCAAAGAAUCAUGAAGUACAAGAAAAACUGUACCAAGAAAUUAAUAAUCUUUUACCAAACAAAGAACCAAUAACACCUGAAAUACUAAGCCAAUUAUCAUACCUUAAAGCUGUUGUCAAGGAAACUUUCAGAUUAUAUCCUAUAACAUUUGCCACCAGCAGACAUAUAGAUGAUGACUUGGAAGUCAACAAUUAUAUUAUCCCAGCAGGGACGCAUGUUCAGGGGAACCUAUAUGCUAUGUACCAUGAUCCUAAACUAUAUCCAGAUCCAGAGAGUUUCAAACCAGAGAGAUGGUUGGACGGUGAAAUGGACAGAAAGCUCAAAUCAUUGUCAAACUUGGUCUGGGGUCAUGGAGCAAGAAUGUGUAUUGGCAGAAGAUUCGCUGAGCAAGAGAUGUAUAUAAUGUUAACCAAGAUAAUUCAAAAUUUCAAGUUGGAAUACCAUCAUGAAGAUAUUGAACCUAUUCUGAAUACGGUAAUGACACCGGACAGACCACUCCGACUGAAGUUCAUUCCUAGAUCUGACUGA